GGCCGCCGCCAGGUCCUAGCGCCGCCCGGGAUAUCCUCGGAACCCUUUGCGAGGCGGAACCUUUGGCUGCGGUGUUCGUUUCCCCGGACGGAGCGAGUUGGGCGUGGGACGCGGUUUACCGGCCGGGGAGGAGACGACGCAGCGGCGGAGACGCCGAAGAGAGAGGCAGCAUGGCAGCCGAGCAGGGUGGCGGGCCGCUGGGCGCGUGCUUGGAGGCCCUGGGCGCCGCCACGGCCCAGCCCGAGCGCUUCCUCAGUGUUCAGGAUGGACUUGCUGCUGACUUCAGCUCACUAACAAAAAAAUUAUAUGAUUUCCACAAAGCAUUGGAGGCUGAUGUCCUUUCUGGAAGCCCUUUAAAAGAACUGGUGAUAGAGAACUUUGAUGAGGAACAGAUCUGGCAACAGCUAGAACUCCAGAAUAAUGCGAUUCUUGGCUAUUUCAAAAGAACUGUUGCUAGAAAUGUUGAGGAGGAGAACGAGCUUUGCCUUCUCCCAGCCUCGGAAGAGGAUGGGUCUGUUGUAGAUGACAGUGGGAAGCAGACAGAUGAGGAGGACCAGCGGGAAGAAGAGCCAGAUUUCUCCAGUGGUCGCGCUGAUGCGGAAGGCGAGCUUAAAGAAAAUAGAAGUGGACUGAAAGGCCAUCCCUUCAGUGAUGAGGAUUCUGAUAUGGACUUUGACAUUGAUGAAUUAGAGCAGAGGACCCAAAUGUCAAAGACCACUGUGAAAAAAACAGUGGGAGAAAAGUCCAUUGUGGACGAUCGGUUUUUCAAACUGGCUGAGAUGGAGGCUGCUUUGGACACAGCAGAGAAGAAAGAAAACAGGGAGACAGAGGACAGUGAAGAUGAGGGAAUAGAUUAUUUUGAGGAAGUUCUUUCUGAAGAUGAUGAGGAUGAAGAGGAAUUUGGGGAAGCCAAGAUGAAGACCAUUAAAAGUGCUCGUGACCUUAAAUAUAAAGAUUACUUUGAUCCGGUUGACAAUCAUGAAGGCUUCAUGGAAGAACACAAGGACAGGAAAGAUGACCAGAGUGAGGGAGAAGACGACAAAACUGAAGAUGAAGAUCAGGACGAUGGCAUAGUUGAUGAAAUUGACAACAUGAAAGAUGGUGAACCAUCAGAAGAGGAUGAAGAAAACACAGAGACCUCUAAAAGGGUGACAUUCAGUUUGCCAUAUGACAGUGACAUGGAAGAAGAUACAGACACACGCCAGCAGAAAAUCAACAGUUCCCCUAGAGUGAAAUCAUCUUUUGAGAAAAGACAGGAAAAGAUGAGUGAAAAAAUCAAAUCGCUAGAAGAGCAGCUACUAAAGGAAAAGCCUUGGCAACUUAAGGGAGAAGUGACUGGGCAGAAGCGACCUGAAAACAGCCUUUUGGAAGAAAUGCUGCUUUUUGACCACGCAGUCAAAAUGGCUCCUGUGAUCACAGAAGAAACCACUCUUGAUCUGGAAGAGAUCAUCAAGCGAAGGAUAAAAGACCAGGCUUGGGAUGAUGUUGUACGGAAAGUAAAACCAAAAGAAGACCCCUAUGAAUACAAAAAGCGCCUGACUCUGGAUCACGAGAAAAGCAAGUUGAGUCUGGCUGAAAUUUAUGAGCAAGAAUAUUUAAAACUUAACCAGAAAAAAUCUGAAGAGGAAGAAAAACCUGAGCAUAUCGAGAUUCAGAAGAUGAUGGACUCCCUCUUCCUCAAGCUGGAUGCCCUUUCCAAUUUCCACUUCACACCCAAACCACCGGUGCCAGAGGUUAAAGUCGUCUCGAAUCUCCCCGCAAUAAGUAUGGAAGAAGUAGCACCAGUCAGUGUCAGUAAUGCUGCUCUCCUGGCUCCAGAAGAGAUCAAGGAGAAGAACAAAGGUGGAGAUAUGAAAACAGAUGCCGAAAAGACCUCCACAGACAAAAAGAGGGAGCGGCGAAAAAAGAAGCUCGCAAGGCGUAUCAGGCUGAAGGAGAAAGAGAAACGGCAGGGAGUCCUGGAGAAGAGUUCGGAGCAAAGCACCAAACUGAAUAAAAAGGCUUCUGCUGCACAACUGAAGAAGCUAACCAAGGCAGGCAGAACAUCUCUGCUCAAGGAUGAUGGCAAAGACAAGGCUUUGAAGUCCUCCCAAGCGUUCUUCGCUCAGUUGCAAGAUCAAGUGAAAAUGCAAAUUCAAGAUGCAAAGAAAAGCCAGAGGAAACCGAAGAAGCGAGAGCUCUCUGCCCAGAAGCUGAAGCUGUAAUAUAUUAUGCAUGCACUAUUUUGUAUAAAUUAAACUAAGAGGUUUUUUUUCCUAA